GAGGGGGGGGCGCGCACGGAGACGUGCGCUUUUACGCACAACCCCGGAAUGGGAUUUUGAGCACACGUGCGCGCGGAGAGGAAGGGUACGCGACGCACGGCGCGGUCACAUGAACGACUUUAGGUUGAGGCGCACGCGCGUAAAUACCGAAAGGAGACGGCUUACAGAGAGCAGAUAGAAAUGACGCCAAAGGUCGAAGGAGUCGCACUUUGGAGACGGGAGGACGGAGAGGAAGAAUAAUAAUAAAAUCGGCAAGUUGAAGGAGCUCCUCCUCUCCGUGAUGUAACUGCGAGUCGGAACCUCCUUAAUUACUAAUUUCUCUACAUCGAGAGACCACGCGCUCUCUCUCUCUCUCUCUCUCCCCCCUCUCUCUCCCUCCUCUCUAUUCUCUCUCUCCACUCGUCCAUCCAUGCAUCUCUCAUCCUGACCCUGCUUUCUCUCUCCUCUCUGUCUCUCUUUCGUUUCCAGCCCGGAUAACGGAGGUGGAGGAGCUCGGAGUUGUUGUUGUUAUUAUUAUUAUUUUAUUUUUUUAUUGUUAUCAUUUAUUCCUCGUUUUCGGGAGAGCCGCCACCGGGCAUGGAGGAUGUAAAAGACCCGCCGACCGUCCACCGGUCCUCCUCCUUCAGCAUCAAGAGCCUCCUGCUUCCGUCAAAGUGCGACAGACCGGACCACGUCGCCGCCGCCGCCGCCGCGGUCGUUUGCGUCCCAGGGAGCUUCUCUCCAACCCCGGGCUCCGACUCGGAGAAGUCGCUGGACCCGCCGGAGGUGGACCCCGCGGCUCCGGGUUUGGACCCGGAGAAGCCGGCCAAGGAGGAGCAGGGGGGAGAGGAGGAGGAGGAGGCGGAGGAGGAGGAGGAGGGCGCCAAAGCCGCCCCGGAGCAGAACACUAGCGGCAAUAACAGCGGGAAAAACGGGAAAUACGACAAACCUCCGUUCAGCUACAACGCCCUGAUCAUGAUGGCCAUCCGGCAGAGCCCCGAGAAGCGGCUCACGCUGAACGGCAUCUACGAGUUCAUCAUGAAAAACUUCCCGUACUACCGGGAACACAAGCAGGGCUGGCAGAACUCCAUCCGGCACAACCUCAGCCUCAAUAAGUGCUUCGUGAAGGUGCCGCGGCACUACGACGACCCGGGGAAGGGCAACUACUGGAUGCUGGACCCCAGCAGCGAUGACGUUUUCAUCGGAGGGACGACCGGGAAGCUCCGCAGGCGCUCCGCCACCUCCCGGGGGAAGCUGGCCAUGAAGCGCGGGCUGCGCUUCGCUCCUCUCGGCUUGGGGAUUAACGAGCGGGCGAGCAACCCGCUGUACUGGCAGAUCUCGCCCUUCCUCUCCCUGCACCACCACCACCACCACCACCCGCACUACAACGGCUCCUCGCCCGGGUUUUUGAACCAGGCGGCCGGCUACGGCUCUCUGUUGCCCGGGGUGGAGCCGCUGAGCAACGGGGACCUGGGGCGCUCCAUUCUCGGCGGGUCGGCCGCGGGCGCGCUGGGCCUGACGAACGGUUACGGGAUGAGCACGUCGCCGGUCGGGCUGCUGUCCGGGCAGAGCGGCGGCUAUUUCGUCCCGGGGAGCCAACACGCAGCGGCCCCGGGGCAACCGGGGGGAGGACCGGGCGGUCCUCAUCCGUCGCACCUCCAGCAGAGCGCGCAGGGCUUCGGCAGCUUGGCGACCAGCAGCUCCCCGCAGUCGCUGCUGUCGGACUCCCUCAGAAAUAGCUCCCUAUCGGCCUUCUCCCCGGGCAUGUCCGCGGGGUUCCCCGGGGUGCUUUCCCAUCAAAAGAGGGUGACUCCAAACGCUUUCCUAAACUGACCCCCUCCUCUCCUUCCCCUCCCCUCCCAUCUCCACCUCUAAACAGAGGAUGGCACCGGGACGAGGACGCACAAGAGACGUCAUGUUACGGGGAAAUAAUAAGUGGUAAAUAUCAAUUAUUGAACACAAAAGAUAUAUAUGAAGUGAACCUUUGUUUUUUUUUGGGCCAUAUUUCACCCCGAAGAGUAACGGGUUUAUUUUUAAGGAUUCUUUUGGAAAUUGUUUGAAAAAAAAGGGACAAACUUUUGUUACCCGCGGGUUGUACAACUGUAAACUAGACUUGCCAAAGGUAACGCUUUAAGUAUAUUUCAAGCUAUUUAUAUCUUGUACAAAGAUUUUCAGUACUUGGUUUGAGUCUUUUAUUUAUGUUUUGUAUUUAUUGUACAAUGUAUUUAAAUUCUAUUUGUCAGUGUAUACUUAUCAGUAUUGAGGAAAAUGGGAGGGGGGGGGGGGGUGAAACAGGACAUACAGGGUUAAUAAUUAUUUAUGAAUUUUGAGACAAUCAAGGAGGAACAAUGACAAUCAAAACCUUUGAAUAAGUUAACAAUGAAUAAGUUAAGCCUUAAAAUCAGCAGAAACAAUCAGGGGUUUUCAGAGGAAACAAGCCUACAAAUCAUAUAUAUACUCAGGUUUGACCCCGGACAGGCAUAACAAUAAAAAUAAUAAUCAAAUAAUCAAGAAAAAUGCUGAAUGUGAAGAUCGCCUUCCAAGAUAAUAAUAAACUAAAAAUAAAACGCACUCUCCAAUACAGCAGGGAUCUAGUUGAGCCCUUACUAGUUUUUAGUGCUAUACAUUUCAUUGGAUAUAAAUGUUUUUGGAAUAAUACUCUUUAUUAUUAUUAUUAUGCAAAACAACGCGGUUUUAACACGAAUUUUUGUAUGUUUUCCGUUCAUCGUCAAAUCCCAGAUUGUCCUCUUCACUUCACUCAGUCUCGGUUCGAUUAGGCCUGUGUGUGUGUGUGUGUGUGUGUGUGUGUGUGUGUGUGUGUGUGUGUGUGUGUGUGUGUGUGUGUGUGUGCACAGGGCAGUAUGAGCGUAAACACUCCUGCGCAUGUGCACUCAGAGCCGCUGUACAAACUAUUUCAUUAAUAAAAAAUUUAAAAAACUACAAUUUAUUCCCCAUUCCGCUUUGAAGGACCAGCUGACCUGCUACUGUUUCCGGGGACAUUUUUAAAGUGGACUCCGCACAGUAUUUCAUGCAGUUUUCCGGCGGGGGGGGGGAGAAACAAACGGAGCGGCUCCUGAUACACGCGCAGACACACACACACACACACAUACACAACAACACAAAUACACACACACACAGCUGAAAAAUCUCCAAAAUACCAUCCAUCCAAAAUACCACGUUUGUGUUAGAGACUGAAAAGAAAAACAUGCAUUUGAAUGAUUAUGACUCAUUGUUGGAAAUACCAGCUGGAUAAAAUGUUUGUGCUUCACCUUCGCUUCUCAUACACUUCCACCACAGAUGACUCAGUUUAAGCUUAAUUUAAUUUAAAUGCAAUUGGCUGAAGGGGGUUGGUUAUAUUUUUGAGGGUCUCUUAAAGCAGAGGAGUCCGUCAACUUAUUUAAAUAUAAAUCAGCACACUGAGGAGGUUUUCAGCCUCCUGCGACAAUAUCCCGAAAUAAUCCAACAAACACCUCUCGGGCUUCAAUGGCGUCCGGAAACCUGCAUCAGCUGACUUCCGGGGGGGGACAAUCUGAUGUUCAUUCAUGUUUCUUGUGCCGAUAUAAAGGAAACGGAGCAUUUAGUGAAGAGACAAGACGGUGUUAAAGGUGAAACAUAUUUCUGUCUCAUUUUGCUUUGUUCAAACUUGAUUUUAACUUUAUUUCAUUUGUUGCAAGAAUUCUGGUUAAUUUUAGAACAUAAAUUAACGUACUGAAUAUUAUAUGCAUUUCUUCAGUCAUGUUCAUUUGGAGGUGGUUAUGAGAAUUUUCUUUUUUUUUUGGGCUCAAACUGACUUUUUCUUUCAAUUAUUCAAUGCAAUUAUUAUUUGGUGCAAGUUAGUCAGUAUUCACAUGAAUGAUAAACUAAUGAAACAAUAACAACAAUGAUUCUAAUUUGUAGAGUUGCAUUACUUUUUCCUACUCAGUAUUAUAGCCCACACUUCAAAUCAAAUGAACAAAUGAAAUAUAGAUCUCUUCCUGGCUGUUUACGAACAUAAUUCUAGACAAAGGGGACAGAAUCCUGUGACUGCAUUAGAAGAAAUAUCCUCUUGUUCGUGCUGUUUUUUUUCUUCCAUAAGCACAGCGAAUGAGCAGCGUUUGACAAUCAAAGCAUCGAUCACUGCGUUAUUGAACGGUCCGUCCACAGAUCUCAGGUCAGUGAGCUCUGAAAAACAAUCCGGAUCAAAUAAACGUUCCCAUUGCAAAAAACAAAAGCAAACAGAAGUUCCGGUACAGAACAUGAUGCUGCAGAUGAUGUUGAUUUCUGAAAAAAAGGGUUGCUUGUGAUGCCCGUUCAUCAAUAAAAUGUCAAUAUUUAAUGCAAAAAAGGACAUUUCUAUGUGAAUUAUUCUACUUGUUAGAGGUUUAAGUUUAAACUUAAGGCUAAAAUCCACUGGUACUGUUGAUAAUAUUAAACUGCAUUGUUGAAUAAAUUGAUUAUUAAUUCAGUUUGGGGCCUUUUAUUGCAUAAAUAAGUAAAAUCUUUGGACUGUAAACAACCCGCAUGUUGGUUUUAGUUCUAAUUGAUCUCAAUGACUCCUUGUGAAUGUUUCUGUUGAUAUUUCAAACAGCUGAGCAUGACAGCAAACACAAGCUGCUUUCUACCCAUUUUACUGCUAUUCUUUACCGUGAAAGGCAGAAAAUACUUAUGCAACCUCUGACCAAAAUAAAAGCCUCCUAAAGCCCAAACAGACGCUGACCUUGACACACACACACACACACACACACACAUUUUACAUACUGGUAGACAUAGAACAUUUUUUGGGUGGGGGGGUAAAAUUAAAAAGCACAAAAAAAUUAAAUAUUGAAUUAUGGUAUUAAGAGAUUGCAGAAGAAGACAAACUGUUGCAAACUGAUACAGGUUGAGUUUUUUUGAAUUUGCACCAUGUCACUGUUUUUCAUUUUGGUUUUGUACAUUUUUUUUUACGUUUUCCUUCUUUUUUUCCCACUUGUGUUGUUAGUGUUCACUUGUACAAAGUCUGUACCGUUUGUUUUUGUUGCUGUCUGUUCGUUUGUUUGAUUUUCAGAAAAACUAAACUUGAUUAAAAAUGAUGAAAUAACCCGA